AUGUCUCUACUUUACAUAUUCCUCGGGCUUCUCCUCUGGAUCACUCCUUCUGCAGCUACAAACGAUACUCUCGUGGCAGGCCAAUUGCUGGUUGUCGGCGACAAGCUUGUCUCAAGAAAUGGCAAGUUCGCACUCGGCUUCUUCCAGUUCCACCCAGCAACAGCAAGCAACAUCAGUAAGUCUUCCCACAACAACGCCACCAGCUGGUACCUUGGCAUAUGGUUCAAUAAGAUCCCAGUUUUCACUACUGUGUGGGUUGCUAAUAGGGAGCAUCCCAUCAUCACCAACCCCAACCUCACACAGCUCAAGAUCUCAAGAGAUGGCAAUCUUGUCAUUGUAAACAAUCCAACUCCAUCAUCCAUAGUAGUAGUUUGGUCCACUCAUAUUGUCAGAAACAGGACACAAACCAGCAGCAGCAUAAACACCACUACUCGUGCCAUCCUAUUGAACAGUGGAAACCUUGCCCUUACGGAUAGCAGCAGCCCACCAUCAUCUGACCAACUCUUGUGGGAGAGCUUCGACUACCCGACAGACGUCGUGCUUCCUGGCACCAAGUUUGGCCGGAACAAGAUCACCGGUUUGAACUGGCAGGGCAUCUCAAAGAAGAGCCUCGUCGACCCGGGUCUCGGAUCAUACAGCGUUGAACUAGACAGCACCAGCGUUAUCGUCCUCAAGCGCCGUGAUCCAUCUGUAGUGUAUUGGCACUGGGCGUCGUCCAGAACAUCAUCAUUGAAUCUCAUACCAAUACUCAAAGCGAUCCUACAGUUGGAUUCACGGACCAAAGGCUUGAUUAACCCAGUAUAUGUUGAUAGCAACCAAGAAGAGUACUACAUGUACACUUCACCAGAUGAUUCAUCUUCCACAUUCGUGUCGCUAGACAUCUCUGGUCAGAUCAAGCUGAACGUUUGGUCACAGGCCAACCAGACUUGGGAAAUCAUAUAUGCCCAGCCUGCCGAUCCUUGCACUCCGUCCGCUACCUGCGGACCUUUCACCGUCUGCAACGGCAUUGCAGAUCCAUCUUGUAACUGUAUGAAGAGCUUCUCACAGAAGUCACCGCAGGAUUGGGAGUUGGAUGAUCGAAUAGGAGGAUGCAUCAGAAAUACACCGUUGAAUUGCAGCACUAGUAGUAGUAACAAAAACAUGACAACUUCAACAGACAUGUUCCACCCCAUUGCUAAAGUUACAUUGCCCUACAACCCAGAAAGCGCCGAUGCCGCCUCCACGCAGAGCAAAUGUCAAGAGGCUUGUCUCAGUUCCUGCUCUUGCACUGCUUAUUCCUAUAGCAACAAUAGCAGAUGCUCUGUCUGGCAUGGGGAUUUGCUUAGUGUGAAUCUGAAUGAUGGCAUUGAUAAUGAUUCUCAAGAUGUUCUUUACCUUCGCCUCUCUGCCAAAGAUUUGCCAGGUUUGAGAGAAAGCAAAAGUAGACCAUCAAAUGUUGGACUUAUUACUGCUGCAAGUAUUAUUAGUUUUGGGUUACUUAUGUUCAUCAUGCUGCUGUUACUGGUCUGGAGGAAAAAACUCAAGUGGUGUGGUUCGCCAUUAUUAUAUGAUGGCAAUCAAGGUAAUGGUGGGAUUAUAGCCUUUAGAUACACUGACCUAGUUCGUGCUACUAAAAACUUCUCAGAUAAGCUGGGAGGAGGUGGUUUUGGUUCUGUGUACAAGGGAGUGUUAAGUGACUCGACGACUAGUAUAGCGGUGAAAAGGCUUGAUGGUGCUCGUCAAGGGGAGAAGCAAUUCAGGGCUGAGGUGAGCUCAGUUGGACUGAUCCAGCAUAUCAACCUAGUCAAAUUGAUUGGUUUCUGUUGCGAAGGUGAUAACAGGUUACUUGUGUAUGAGCACAUGGUAAAUGGGUCUCUUGAUGGCCAUCUAUUUAGGAGCAAUGCUGCUGCUGUCAUGAAUUGGAACACCAGAUAUCAAAUAGCACUAGGAGUUGCUAGAGGACUGUCCUACUUGCAUCAGAGUUGUCACGAGUGUAUCAUACACUGUGAUAUCAAGCCAGAAAACAUACUUGUGGAUGCAUCAUUUGUUCCUAAAGUUGCAGACUUUGGAAUGGCGGCGUUUGUCGGAAGGGAUUUUAGCCGACUUCUGACUACAUUCAGAGGAACAGCAGGCUAUCUUGCCCCAGAGUGGCUUAGCGGAGUUGCUAUUACACCGAAAAUCGAUGUUUACGCCUUCGGCAUGGUACUAUUGGAAAUCAUAUCAGGAAAGAGGAAUUCACCUGAAGCGUACACUAGCAGCAGUUACCAUGUUGAAUAUUUCCCUGUGCAAGCCAUCAACAAGCUUCAUGUGGGAGAUCUGCAGAGUUUGGUGGAUCCAAAGAUACACGGUGACUUCAAUUUGGAGCAGGCCGAAAGGGUUUGCAAAGUUGCAUGCUGGUGCAUCCAAGACAAUGAGCUUAAUCGACCGACGAUGGGUGAAGUGGUCAGGGUUCUUGAGGGUGUACAGGAGAUUGAUAUGCCCCCGAUGCCAAGACUACUUGCAGCAAUGACGGGACAGUCUGAUUCAACUUCAAUGUAAUAGUCUUAAUUAUUUUGCAGUCAGCGUUUCUAGUCUUUGUUUCAGGAAGCAGUUUUCUAAGUUGCAAUGUGGACAAAAGGAGUAAAAGGAAGGCAAGCUUGCAGUUGCUAAGUUGUCUAUUAUUUACGUUUUUUCUUUUUA